UCGGUCAUCAAGUUCCUCACUUUGCGUCACAAAUCCGCGGCCGAGAUCCAUCGUCAGAUUGUGGAAACUUAUGGACCUGAGGUAAUGUCACGUCAGCAUGUUUACAAGUGGGUUAGGUCGUUCAAAGAAGGUCGCACUGACACUCAUGACGAAGAAAGGAGUGGGAGGCCGUCUCUCAUUUCUGAAGAGCUUCUGCAGCAAGAUGAUGAAAAAAUUUGCAGUGAUCGUCGUGUGACGAAUGACACCCUUCAUGAAAUGUUACCACACAUCUCACGAAGUCUCAUGUGUGAAAUUGUCUCAGAAAAACUUGAUUACAGGAGGCUGAGUGCAAGAUGGGUGCCAAAAAUGUUGACUCCAGAACAUCGCCAAAAUCGCGUUUUGGCUGCACGUGAAUUUCUUCAGCGUUAUGAAAUCGAGGGUGAGGCGUUCCUUGACUCUAUUGUGACUGGAGACGAAACUUGGGUAUGUCACUAUACUCCUGAGUCCAAAAGGCAGUCCCAACAAUGGCGCCAUACCCAUUCCCAAACAACCAAAAAAUUCAAAGUUCAGUUUUCAGAGCGGAAGAUUAUGGCAUUUGUCUUUUAGGACAGAAAAGGGGU